AUGCGAUUCGCAGACCCGAAGCCGCAGGCGUCGAUACAGACACCGUGCUGCGCCAGCCAGUCGCAGCCUGCUCGCUUCGAGGCGAUACCACGUCCAGCGAGCCAGUCGUGCAGCGCGGGAGGCAAAGCGGUUUCCAUGGCUCCCGCCAAGAGCGACGAGCAAGUGGUGCCAGACGUGGCUUCCGAACGAGGCACACCGCAGAGAACAAGUCUGGAAAGCUUGUUCGAGGAAGAGUCGCUCGCACAGGGAGAAAGGGUACGUUCGCAGGUAUCCCGCCUGGGGCUGCGUCGAGCACCUCCCCUGGCUAGUCAAGGCGACGAAAGCAUAGAAACUGCUGCGAGCCUUCCUGAGACGGAGGUUGAGUCUUCCGUCCAGACAGAGAGCAGGCAACGCAGCGAAAGCGUUGGCGUCACCGUGGACCUGGAGCAGGUCUAUAACCGGUUGCGCGACUCGCAGACGGGUCUGCAGCUUGCUGACCGCCGCUGGCGACUAAUCACGUAUUCCCGCUGCUUCGUCGGAUCCGAGGCGGUUCAGUGGAUGCAGAUCAACCUGGGAAUAUCUCGUGAAGAGGCCAUUGACCUGGGCCAGCGACUGAUGGAUGCUGGUUUGUUUCACCACGUGACCUACUCGGAGCCGUUUCGUGAUGGAAACUUCUUUUACGCUUUCCAAGAGGACGAGGAAUCGAACGUUCUGAAUACGAAACUAAUAUGGGAUCCGACACGGCGGCCACGGGACCCGGUUGUCGUGGCAAAAGAGCUGAUUACCCGCCUUGCGCUGCUCUGCGAGGUCUUUCGCCAUCCAUCCAAUGCGAACGAGGUCGACUUUGAAAGUCUCCGGUCGAGUGACGCGUUUCGCAAGUACACCUUUGCGGCAGCUGAACUCCAGCGGGUCGAUUUAGGGCCGCUCAGCCCGGAAGAGCGCCUCUGCUUCUUUUGCAAUGUGUACAACGCGCUCUGCCUGCAUGCUCACGUCGUCCAUGGACCACCGAAUACCGUGCUUCGGCGAUGGAGCUUCUUCAAGUCGCUUAGCUACCGAAUAGCGGGAAUGGACUUUACCCUUGAUGACAUUGAACACGGUGUUUUGCGCGGGAAUCAAACCCGUCCCUAUGGCUUGAUCCGACAGUUCCGGCCGGGCGACCCCCGCAUGCAGUACGUGCUGAGUCGCCGCGACCCGCGCAUCCAUUUUGUGAUCAGCGCGGGUACGCAGAGCGAUCCGCCCAUGCGCAUUCUCGAUGGCGAGAAUAUCGAUGAAGAACUUCACUUUGCCACAGAAUCGUUUCUCGAAGAGAGUUGCAAGGUAUCCGCAUCUGCUCUUGAGGUGACGUUGCCGCGAAUUUUUUCUUGGUAUCGAGACGACUUUGCCAAGGGGAAUCUUGAGCUUUUACGAUGGAUUUUGCCGUACCUGGGUCUGGAGAAGCGGCGAGCGCUGGAGUCGAUGCUUGACAAUGCCAAGAGUGACUCGAGCAUAUCGAUACGAUACGAGGCAUUCACCUGGAAUGCAGGGGCCCGCUUCAGUGCUGCCAUUGUUCGCCGCAAACGCAGACGAUUGGAGCAGGAGCGGGCGUCAUCGCAGCCGCCUGCCGACGAGGAACCUGCUGCGGCUACUGCCGCAAGCCCUGUUUCGAGCAAGCCAGCGUAA